GCAAUGAAGCCGAAGGGUGCGUCGAAAAAGUCCAAGCCGAAUGUGAUAAAUUAUGACGAACUGAUCGGCGCAAUGACUGUAGAAGCUCCAGUAUAUGACUAUACAAACGGUAAAAAGGGGCCACUGAACUGGGGAGCAGUUUCAAAGGAUUGGUUUCUCUGCAACUCAGGCGACCGGCAGUCCCCUAUUGACCUGGUGAGUGCAAACGCACAGGUUGACAAGUCUCUUACUCUUGAGAAAGUGUUUGGAUAUCCCAUGGGAAGCUUAAAGUCGGGUCGCUAUAUCUAUCAGCUAGAGUUUCUUCUUCCAGGAGGCAAUCUCAUUAUCGCUGCCCAAAAGUUCAGGCUCUACAAGAUUCAUUUUCAUAUGCCCAGCGAACACAUGAUCGAUUCGACAAGGUACAAGCUGGAGAUGCAGAUGAUUUUUCUAUCAGACCAGGGAGCGUAUGCUGUCAUUGCCGUUCUCUACGAUUCGGGUCAAGUCACCAAUCCAUUUCUCAAUGAGAUCAUCAAGUGGAAGCCUACCACUCAACUCAACACAAACAACCUCAACUUGGGAACCAGUUUCUUUCGUUACUGGGGCUCAUUGACAACACCUCCGUGCACACAAAAUGUCAUUUGGACCGUCAUGACAGAGGUUGUCCCAGCUUCUGAUGAUCAGUUCAACAUCAUCAAGACCGCGAUGCAGGAGUACAACGCGAGGCCCACACAAGAUCUGAGAGGACGGCAAGUGAGCAAAAACUUCUAACCCAAGACGAUGAACUUCCAAGACAAGCACAAAGAGUA